CACUGACGCAUCGGCUCCAGAAAUGCCCCAAUUUGAGUCUAUGUACAAUGUCAACAUGUCCGGUCCAGCCGCUAUUUCACUGCCGCAUCAGCCUGACACAGCGGAAGUGGCCGAGACGCACUCUUUGCCCGACAACACCCAGGAAUUUCCAUCGGUAUGGCUGCCUUAGAGCUACCCGUGGUUGCGCGUGCUGACAUGAAGGGAAAGGGUCGCGUAUCACUGGCAGAGCCCGAGCCCGCAACUGACGAGGCGACGCACAUGACGUGCAUGUGGGAUGGGUACGGCGCCCGUAUUCGGCUCACGAAACUCGCGAUCAAGGCGCACAUUAAGCAGACCCACCUCAAGAACGCGCGGCCCUUCGUCGACAAGGACAAAGUCAAGAUAUGCUGCGAGUGGGACGGAUGCAGCCUCGAGGUGACCAACUUUUGGAGGCACGUAUACGAGCGACACGCCCAUGUCACGCGCAAGGUGCCGUGCGAGCAAUGCACGGAGGUGUUUACGCGGCCGGGGUCUCUGCGCAGACAUCGCCAGAGGUACCCGGCGUGUGCCCCUCCUGAAGCCAUGGCGUAGAUAAACACAAAACAUCCACGGCCAUGUCAUCAUUUCUUGAAGGUCCUUUCUUGGUAACAUAAUCGUAUUUCGGUCGUCGAUUGCUCCUGCUUUGCACUCGCUUUGGAUACAAGUCGCGGAUGGCUGAGCCGACCGUCAACGCGAUGUCGCGUCACUGUACACUGU